AAUAAGGAAACAGAUAAAGAAUUAUUUACGCUUUGUUAAUCAUUUGUUACGUAACAUCAAGCAGUCGGGAUGAAUUCAAUUGCUUUAUUUUUGUCAGUGGUAGCUUGUGAUUGUGUGAAGAGUUUAGUUUUAGAACAACAAACGGAUCCUGAUGUUCUGCAGUUGCUUGUUAAACUGGAAGCAAAAGUUUCAACGCUAGAGGACAAGAUAAGAGUAUUGGAGGAAUCAGGGCUUGCAACUAAAAAAGAACCGAAUCCGGCAUUUAUGGUAACACUGACGCACAGGGUUGAAACUUGCGCCACCGAUCAGCCACUGAUUUUUGACAAUGUACGGCUCAACAUAGGAUCUGGCUACGACAAAAGACAUGGACUGUUUAGAGCACCAAGGAAUGGAACUUAUCAAAUCAGUGCUACCUUAACUGCUACACCGAAUACCCAGUACCAUGUCGCAUUUGUUAAAAACAUGGCAUCAAAUCAUGUGGGCUAUCUGUAUGCGGACAAUAUCAGUCUAUGGUUAGAAAGAAGUACGUCGCUAGUAAUGCAUUUAGAUGCCGGAGAUGAUGUUUGGUUGUCAUGUAUCUAUGGCAACAGUGCUAUUCAUGGCUUCCAAACUGGCAAAGCGCCUGACUACGAUUCGCAUUUUUCAGGUUUUAUGAUUAGUGAAGAUUGAUAUAAUUCUUAUUAGUAAAAAAUAAUGGUUUUUGUUGGAACUCUCCUUGGUAAAUAUACCUAUAAAUAAAUAUUUUACCUCCUUAAUAAACGGAGAAAACAGUAUGCGUGCGUUUAAAGCCGGGGUCAUUUUGGGUAUAAUAAAGAUACAAUAUAACUUUUAUUCAAAAUAUCUCUGUUUUGUUUUAAAAGUUCCUUAUCUACUUGAAUGUUUUAUGACAGUAAAGAGUAUGAUGGUUA